AUGGCAAAAGAUGACAUGAAAGCCAAUGUUCCCCGCAACAUUUUCUUCACUAAUUUCGGUUAUCAUUUUGAAGAAGUUGUCCAUUGUUACCCAAUAUCUUUCUUUCUCUUUUCACUUCUCACCUUAGUGAUUAUGUAUUUGGUUUUCUAUAGUACUUUUGAAGAUGAUCUUUCAAAACUUUGGAAAGAUGUACGCAAGGAAAGGCAACAAACAACUACCUUUGAAUUACAACCUGUUGCUCCUAAACAAAUACCAACAUCAGAAACAGAAACAGAAACAGAAACGUCGCCCCCCACCGAAUAUUAUUUUGAUAUUAAAAAGGAGCAUAUUCCUAAGUUCUUAUCUUAUCUCCUUAUAUUUGGAAUAUUUUACACUCUACCCUUCAUCUUUUGGUAUGGGCUCUUAAUACUUUUGAAAAUAGAUAAGAAGGAUAGUGUUAAGGAAUCACAACCUUUAUCUUUAUUUAAAGAAAUAAUUGAUAGGACUCCAAAUUCCACUACAGCAUCUUGGGAUAUUACUACUUCUCAUCUAAAUGAUAUGCUUUAUGAGGGGAAAAAAUGGCCAACAAAGUACAUGAUGUGGGAUGGAAAGGAGUGCCAUGCCUGGUUCAUAAACCAAACGUCCUCUGUAAAUGUACCCUUAGUUGAUGAAUUUAAAAAGAAAAAUAUAAGAAAUCUGGAAACAUACAGAUAUGAUGCCCUCAUGGCUUACGAAUUUAAAGUUUCUCAUGGGGACAACCAAGAUUUUGAGUUAUCGUAA